AUGAAAUAUUCAAAUAUGUUCUCUCCGGUGGGUCAACGAGUCUUACAUAAGUGCCUCAAAAUUUUGAGGUUAACUUUUGUUGAUUAUAGCAGUUUGCCCGAUUUGAAUAAGUUAAAUAUUGUCAGAACUGUGGAAAAGACAAUAGAUAACAAAGCUUCUGAGAUCUUUGUGGAAAGCCCCAUUCAUGUGAAAGUGCAGCCAAUUGAUGUUAAUGAUAUAAAAGCCCACGACAAGCUGACUAUGAUAUUGUAUAGUAAAGGCAAAGAUACAGGUGAUUUUCAAGUAAAACAAUCUUCUAAACGCCUGGAAUUGCUAAAUAAAAAUACGUCUUCAGACAGAGAUGACGUCUGCCUGAUACAAGUUCCAUAUCAAUUAAAAGUUCAUGUUACCACGACUGACAAUGCUUCAGUGCAUCUGGCGAAAUUAGAAGGAGAAGAGUUUGUGGUAAAAACUCAGAAAGGAACAGUAAAUGUCGCGGAUCUAAAGGCACAGAAUAUUCGAGUGGAGAGUGUGCAGGGUCAAGUCAAGACAGAAGGCAGACUUGUAGCAAGCAAUAUAGACUUGAAAACAGGCAAGGAUGCAGGAAUUGAUUGCAACAAUGUUAUGGCAAAUUCUUUCUCUGUCACGUCUCACGCUGGCUCUAUCAGCGUCAAGUCCUGUUACAGUGACAAGUCCCACUUCAUAACUGCUAUGGGUAAUAUAUCAUUGGAUCAUCUCCAUAGGGCUGUGACCAUAGAUGUGAUUCAGCAAGGAAAUCUGCGCAUCACAGGUUUCUCAGGUAACCUGCAAGCUUCCUUAAAGAGUGGAGAAGUAUUUAUGCAUGCUUCCCAGCUGAUAGACAAAAGCAGUAUUUUCAUACAUGAAAAGGGUAAAGUUGAGUUACUUAUUCAUGACAUACUUAAGAAUUUGCCAGCCACAAAUCUGAUAGCAGAUAGAAUAAAAGUAGAUGACAAAAUAAUGAAGCUGGGCCGGUUCAUGGAUGACUCCCACCCGAAGCGGUUCAGGUUUGAGGGAGAGCCACAUAAUGAAUUGCACAUAGUCUGUAAGAAUGGCUCAAUUGAAUUGAAGGAAACUAACUUACCUUUCAUUUUAUAAUUAUAAUUUAAUAGUAAAUUUACUGUUUGCAAUUCCAUAUUAAUUUAAUUAAAAAUGCAAGAACUUGUUA